AUGAAUGAUGAUAAGAUAUUUGAAAUCAACAAAAGACGGAAGUUAAAUAAAGCAGAUAUGACAGAAGUUGACUAUGAUAUGGAUAAAAUAUUAAACCUAGAAGAAGAAUACUACCGACAAGGUUACGAGGAAGGACAAGACUUUUCAACAAAACAGCAGUACAAUGAAGGUAAAGAAUAUGGAUAUCAAACAGGAUUCCAAAGAUUUUUAAUAAUAGGAUACGUACAAGGCUUGGUCAAUUAUUGGCAAACCAAUAUAGAGAAAUAUGAAAAGGGCGUAGAGAAUAAAUCGUUAAGAAAUCAUAUUUCACAAUUAAAUGAAUUAGUUCAAAAUGUCCCAACUACUAAUGGGAUGGAGGAGGUUAAGGAAUUUGAGAAGAGAAUAACAAAGAGUAGAAAUAAAUUGAGAGUGAUAGCGAAUAUAUGCAAAGAGCUGUGGAAAGUGAAUAAAUUGGAUAGUUUAGUGAAGGAAAUCGGAGGACAAUUACAAGUGAGUGAAAAUGUCGAUGAUAUGUGGUAA